CGGGAAUAUCCAAGCGCUGAUCUUAUAAUGGUGACGUCACUUUUUGCGACUACAGUACACAAAAUUAACAUUGUCUAUUUUUGACAUUUUCCUGUGAUACUUGAAAGAUUAGUGGCUAAAAUGUCAGCAGAUCCACCAAGGAAGGCCUAUAAAUAUACUUGCAGCAUGAUGAGACCCCAAAUAUACAGUGAGAAGUCUUUAAUGGAAAGUGUGGUGGAUUUUUUCUCUGAUGUUGUGCCACAGGCUUAUACAGGAACACAGAAAAAUGAAGAUAGGGAGAAGAUCCAGUGGGUCAGAUUUGAAAAUUGUGAUUGCAAUGAUGUUGCCAAGAAUCCUGAUAUGUUUAGGUCUGACACUAAAGGUCUGCCUCUCCUUCUUAUACUUGGCUACAGUAAUGGUGUACAGAUAUGGCAUGUCACUCCAAAUGGAGAGGCACAAGAAGUGUUGUCUAUGAGACAGGGGCCUGUCAGAAUUUGCCGGAUCUUACCCAACCCUGAUCCAGUUCUUGGUAAUGGUGACAGUUUUAGUCAUAAGAGACCACUGAUAGUGAUGUGCGACUCAUCAAGUGCUGGACAGCCAUACUGUGGUGUUAAGUUUGUGUCGUUGAAAACUGGGGAUGAAGUGCAUAGCAUUAGCUACAAAACACUGCCUGUACAGAAUAUAGAGUGUAAUAAGAGGUUCCUGGUUAACAUAUUUCUGGAGAAAGUUUGUGUGUAUGAAACAUGUGCAUUUCAACAGUUGUUCUGGAUCACAAGCUGUUAUCCCUGUUCUGGUCCUACAGUGAACCCUAUAGCCUUGUCUACAAGAUGGUUAGCAUAUGCUGAUAAAAGGUUGGUUCCUAUGCAUCAGUCUUGUGGAGGAAUGUCAGGGGAUGGUUCCCAGUCCUAUGCUGCUACAGUUAUCAGUGCUGCUAAGGGAGCAUUUAAAGGAUUAUCAAUGUUUGGCGAGGCAAUGGUUAGUUCUGUUACUGGAUGUAAGCCGUCGCCAGUAAAGAGGGAUUGUGUAACAUUAGAUAACGGGAACCGGCCGGGUAUUGUUACAGUUGUAGAUAUACAGAACAUUCAUAAUGACCACUUUAAUGUGAAUGAAGACAAUGAGGGGGAUGGGCUGAUUGCUCACUUCCAUGCACAUGCCAAUGAGCCGGUAUCCAAUAUGGCUUUUGAUCCGACUGGUACCCUGCUUGUUACAGCCUGUAAGCUAGGACACAAUUUCCAUGUGUUCCGACUUAUGGCACAUCCUGUGAGCUCUUCACUAGGGGCUGUACAUCAUCUAUAUACAUUACACAGAGGGGAGACAACUGCAAAGGUUAUUGACAUAAGUUUUAAUCAUGACAGUAGAUGGAUCACAGUAAGCUCACAUAGAGGAACCACUCAUCUUUUUCCUAUCACACCAUACGGGGGAUCAGUUAACAUUCGGACCCACUGUAAACCUCAUGUAGUAAAUAGAGCUAGUAGAUUCCACCGGAGUGCUGGUCUGGAUGAGUUUGACCACAGUGUUGGCCGGAGAAGUCCAGUAUUGUCCACUAGUCCAAGCUCUUCAGGGCAGUAUGACAGGUAUCCCACACUGAUUCAACAAAAUACCCUGAACAACAACAUGGGCAACCCACGUUUACCACCUUAUCCCCACCCCAUCACCAUAUACCCAACAUUCCAAGUAAAACAGCCACUAAACGUCGCCCUGAACCCAGGAAACAAGAACCAGAGUCCUAGUCACAGCCCCACGGGAUUUGAUAAUGUUUAUUGUGUGUGUGCAAAGUUCUGUACCCCCAGACUGUGUGUAAUUGGUUCACCUAAACUGGAUGUUGAACGAAGAGAUGGAGGUAAGAGGCCUGUUGACUCGUUGUUUGUGAUGGCCCAGUCUGGUACACUAGUCGAGUAUGUAUUAGAACCGAGAGCUAAAUCUGUCAGUGAUAAAGUCACAGAUGACUGUCUUCUAGAACUGAAUGUGGUCGGACGAAUGCAAUGGAAUCUGCAGAGACUGAAGAACUCCCCAGAGUUGAGACCACCGUUGCCUAGCAACAGUCCCCUGAUAUUGUCACAUGAGGCUGUGGUAUCACAAAUUCCUACAGCACCAGAUUUGUAUGAUUUACCUGGAUUAACAAGGCAGGACUCCAAGGACAGUUUAUCAUCGGAACAUAGUAGUAAAGAUGAUAGUGAUGAACAAUGGCUCUCACAGGUUGAGAUAAUCACCCAUGCAGGGCCUCAUAGACGACUCUGGAUGGGGCCUCAAUUUUCCUUUAAGACUUACCAGGAGAACACAACAGUUCUGUCAUCUAACUCCUCCUCCUUGCUUUCCCAGAGUCCUGAGUCCAAUAUGGCCGCCAUGGAUAUGAUGGGUGAUGAAGGUGACCUUGAAAGUCUCAAGUAUAAUUUGGUUGAUAACGAAUUUAGCUUGAAGGUCAAUGAGUCUGCUACAAACAAUCCAAGAGCAAGUGUAAGAGCAGAAAAGGCAAGAGAUCAGGGUGGGAAGAAGAAUGUUGUAGAAAAAAAUGAAGGUGCUGGAGUUAUUCAUAAGGAGAAGACAAGGGCUGCUAAAAAGGAAGGUUUAGCUGAAAACAUUGACUUAUGUCCAGACACAUCAGUGCAAAAAAUAAAUAGUCCAAACAAAAAUAAGGAUGAAAAAUUAUCUUCAAGUGAAAAUAUGAAAACCAGUGAAAUUAAAAUGCUAGAGAAAGAUAAAGGAUUAGAAAUUCGGAAAUCAAUUUCUCCUGAAGCUGUUGAAGAAAAUAUGAAUUCAAAUUUUGAUACUGUUGUAAAAUCCAAAGGGAAGAAAAAGAGAAAAAAUGAGAGCACCAAUGAAAAAGAUCUUGUUGCAACAAGUAUGGAACAUAGGAAAGUAUACGACUUUAAAUAUGAUGGUGAGUGCACUCUGAAGUCUGAAAUUUCUGUAACAAAAGAUAUAUCAAGAAAUAAAGAUGAUAAACAAGAAAGAAACAAACAAAAACCUAAAGAAUCAGAAAGGAAUUUGUCUCUUACACAGGAAGCUGAACUGACGGAAAGUGAAAAUGAUACCAAAAAACAAAAUGUAGAAGUUAAUGAUAAAUUAAAGUCAUCAGAAUUUCAGUCAGCUGUCUCUGAUAAAGAACCAGUAAAAUCAAAUUCUUUUAAGUCUGAUGAAGAUAUGUUUCAAGUUAAAAGUAAGAAAAAUCGUAAGAAGAAGAAAAAUAUGUUUGAAGAUUCAUGUUAUGGUGAAAUACCAAAGGAUUCUGAGAAGCAAACUGAUAUAGAAUCAGGUGUAAAUGAGUCACAUGCAAUUAAAGAAGUGGUAAGGUUAGAAGAAACAGAUGUAAAGAAGGAAAAUUACACAGAGAAGACAGAGUACAAGUUUGAAGUUUCCUCUGUUGUAGAAAAAAUACCAGAUGAAUUGAGCGAAGUCUGUGACACUGGCAAGGAAGAACUUUCUGCCGUUGCAUCAAACAAUGAUAACAUUGUUAAAGUGAAAAACAGUAAGGUCUGUAGAAAAGAUGAGCCAAUGUCAAAUGAUAAGGACGAAAAUCCCAAUAUUGAAUCUGGAGGAAAAUCAGAAGUUUUGGAAACAACUACACUUCAAAAGAAUGAACAAGCUCAAGCUGAAAUGGCAGACGAGGAAAUGUUUGUUGUGACUAAGAAAAAGGGGAAAAAGAAGAAGAAAAAUGGGGAUACCUCAACUGAAUCCCCAUGCCCAUCAUCUGAAAAUAAAGUAACUAAAGGUAAAUCAACAGUCAUUGAAAAUGUUUGGUCAAACAAGAAAACACUUGGUGGAUGUCAGGAAACAGAAAAUUUACUGGAAGAAAAGCAAGGAAACAUUAAAGAAACUCGUAGUGAAAUUAAGGAGGAUAAAAACUUAAAUGAUACUAACUCAGAUAAGAAAUCAAAGAGUACUACUUGGGCUGAAAUCUCAGUUGACUCUAAUGAAGAACCACAAAAAAUUGAUGAAGAGGAUGACGAAUUCGGAGUAAUUAUAAUGGAGAAGAAAAUGGAAGAUUCGGCAGAGUCAGGGUCAAAGUAUGAAACGGCAGAUUCUGCAGAAGAUGAUCCAUCGGCUUGGGAAAGAUUUGAAGAAUGUUCUGAAGAGAAUGAAUCUGAACGUGAUACUGCUGUAGAGUCAUGUAGUAAUAUUUCAAACGAAAUGAAUGAAGCUGUAAACGAUCUGCCAGGGAAAUCUAAAUCUUCGGGAUCAGUUAACAAAGCAAAUAGUUCAAAUGAAAUUGAAAUUAAUGAGGGAAACGAUCAUUUUGAUGAGUCAAGCUUAAUUAAAAGUGAAAAAGCAAGUCCAUUGUCAGAAACGAAUGAUGAAAAAAGUUUUGCUUUGGGUACUAAGAAUGAGGUAGGUGUGUCUGCAAUGUCAAUGUCUGUGUACGAUGACUCACCUAGUAGUUCUAGUAGAAGUUCAGAGGAGCGUGAUGUUAAUGGAAAAGUGAAAACAUCACCUGAAAAAGAAUCUAAAAGCAAGAAGAAGAAAAAGAAGAAUAGAAAAUAGAUUUUACACUAAUUUUAAGAUCAGACAGAUUUGCUAAUUUAUCUCUUAUUGUAACUGCCAGCGAUAUAAAGAUGAAUAAAUUGUUCCUGUAAAAUAUUAAUAAUUUUUAGAGAUCAAGUUUGCACUGUUUUUUUUAUUCUUAUUUGUUCGGAAAAUAGAUUGAAAAACAAAGAGGUGUUAAAAUCAUGAAUUGGUUUGCUGAAAGGAAAUUAUUUAUUUUGACUGAAGACACAAAUUUUGUUUUUAUAUACUUGAACAACAAAGUCCCUAAGAAGAGGCAUAAUAAUAUACUUGUUUCAUGAAAUGGCGUUGUUAUGUGUUAUAUGUUAAGCAUUUUAAUUUAUUUAUUUAUAAUUGAUGUAUAAAUGUAGUAUUUAUUAAGUUAUAAAUGGUGGUGGAUGCUUAUAUGAAAUUAUGGAAUACCGGUAUUGAAUAUGAGCAAGAAGAGGGUGAUCCAGUAUAACAUUAUAUAUUAUCAAUUAAAUAAAACAUAAAAUAUAAUAAAAAAAGUAAAUAAAAACAAACAAAAAAACAACGAUAUAAUAUCAUGUGUUUAUUCCUUUUUAGCUUUAGUUUCUGUAUGUUCUUUUUUUCAUUCUGAUAUUUAGAUUUUUUUUGGACAUAUAUUUCAUAAAAUUGAGAUAGAUUUUACACUUGUAGAACACAAUGGAUUUUUUUUU